GCAGCAGCUGCGACCGACGAACUGCCCGCCCUCAGGGCUUCUUCCUUUCAGCGCAGCGCGAGUGGGGCAGAGCGGCCAGCUCGGUGCAUCGGGCCUCAUUUUCGACGGCCCUCCUUCAACUUCUCUCUCCGGAGAGCAACCAUCCAGAUACCUCACUGAAACUGCACCCGACGACGACCGAGCCAUAACCGCGCGUUUGUCACCCUGGCGUCUCCAGGACGACUAGCUCUCGCCGUCGUUACCGGCGUCAUUGGCGCCAUCGCCGCUUUCCAGCAAAGCAACCAACUUCCGCGCCAACGACCCGGCAUGGCGUCCUCUGCUAGGAAUGCCCGCGGCGCUGCCGCCGGGAGGGAGUUGGUGUUUUGCCACGCAUGCCAAAACGAGUGGUAUCGCGACCCAGGCGAACCUCUGGAAUGUCCACGCUGCCAGAGCUCCUUCACCGAAAUCGUUGAGCCGUCCAACGAUCCUCGGGAGGAUGUAGCGGGACCGACCCUUGCAGAGUUCCUUAGGGGUUCCAACACUUAUCACCGCCAUCCAGCCGCUUCCGACUCGGACCCCGACGAAGGCGAUAUAGAGGAACAUCUGCAUACCGGACCGGGCUUUGGUUUUGGCGGCUCCCGGGCACAAAGCAGCGGGGAGCGGCGCCGCGAGGCUGAUAUUAAUGCUACUUUCCAGCGCUUCGCCGAGAUGCUCAUGAACGAUCUUGGAGCUGGAAGGGUCAUCCGCGGGGGUCCGUUGGGCGGCGGCGGCCUGUUCCUCACAGAGGAGAAUCUUCCUAGGCCAGGGACCAGGAUCCAGCAAACCACCGUCAGGAAUGGCCCAUUUGGCUCGCACACGAGCGUCACGAUCACCAGCGGGUCCAUCGGUGGCAGCCCUGAGAUCCGCGGCAGCCCUGAAGGGUCGCCGCUUCACCCGGUCACAUUGUUCGAUCAGCUCUUUGGCAACCCGUGGGGGACUGGGGGACCCGAUGAAUUUGCCCGGCGUGAGCGUGGCUCUCCAAACGCUGCUGGCUUUCCCCUGCUGGGCGGCCUCCAGGAGCUCCUGAACUCGCUCUACAACCCGGCCAACGCGGUGCACGGCGACGCGGUCUUCACCCAAGAGGCGCUCGACCGCAUCAUCACGCAGCUCAUGGAGGCGUCGCCCCAGACCAACGCCGCCCCUCCAGCGUCCGAGUCGGCCAUCCAGAGGCUGGAAAAGAAGAAGGUGGACGAUGAGAUGCUCGGCCCGGAGGGUAAGGCCGAGUGCACGAUCUGCAUCGACGAGAUCAAGAAGGGCGACGAGGUAACGGUGCUGCCGUGUAAGCACUGGUAUCAUGGCGACUGCGUAGUGCUCUGGCUCAAGGAGCACAACACGUGCCCCAUCUGCCGGAUGCCGAUCGAGAAUAGGGAAGGCGGAAACAAUAAUAACAACAAUAACAACUCGGGCAACAACACUAGACGGCCCUCGGAUCAGCCGUCGCAGCACUCCGAAGACCGGCAGUCCUCUUCCACGCCCCUGGGGUCCUUGUUCGGCAACCCGCUCGCGCCUCGACCCCGUCCGGAGCGAGAGCGCGACCGGCAACGGCCUUACCGCAGCAUGCAAGAGAACAUGGAGCGGCUCAACGCCAUCCGCAACCUGGCCGGCGCAGGGCCGCGGUCCAGCUCCCAGAGGCGGAGCUCCCACUCCCCACCCGGGGCGUUUCCCACCUCGGACGCCGAGUAUGCUUCCAGGGCACGGGUCAGGAGCCCGUCUGGUUCGAGAGACAGAGCCAGGAACAGAGACGGCGAAAGAGAUGGGGACACGGAGAGGCACAGUUCGCUGUGGGAUGACUGGAUCGGCUACGGGAGCGGCAGCUUUGGCGAGAGCAGUCGGCGUCACUCGCCGCAGUCACAGCAGAACCAGGAUCAGAGCGGCGGGCAGCGCGGGGCCUUUGCUUGGUUUCGGGAACAGUUUGGGAGGAGGGGUUGAUGGUGGCCCCCAC